AUGGCUCUCAUCAGGAGCUGCUGUCUCUUGGUGGCCUUCCUUGGAAUUUUCGUUUCAGCCCAGAGACAGAAAUACAAAUGUGAUUUUGAGACUGGUUUGUGUAGUUUCUUGUCGAAUCAUCCGAACAACAAAGUGGAUUGGAAAAUAGGAAAAGGACAACAGAAUGCUUUGGACACAGGACCUUCCAUAGAUCAUACAUACGGACUUGCAAAUGGCAGCUACUUGUUCGUCAACGUAAGUUUAGCAAAGUUAAACACCGUUGCUCUACAGACAAUCGUGCUUCAAGAUAACUACUGUGUCCGGUUCUUCUAUCAUAUGUACGGGGCCGACGUUGGUGAUCUCAUGGUUUCGGCAGAGAGUGUGUCCGGCUCGAUCUCGGCUGGUAGUGUCAACUACUUCUACCGCUCUGAAUCUCAAGGGGACAGAUGGAAGGAAGCUGUCUUCAGCGUCACCAGGAACUCUGCAAUGCAACUAAGAGGAUACCGAGUGGUGUUUACUGCAAAACAUAAAACUUACAACUCUGUGAAAGGAGACAUAGCCAUUGACGACGUUGAGUUGACUGCGGGAGCAUGUCCUCAAGGAAGAAGUGAAUCGACCUCUUUGUGCACCUUCGACGACAACGUCUGUGGUUAUAAGGUAUCAGCAUCUGCGAGCGAUUUUAACUGGUUCUGGUCUUCGAAACAGGAUUACCGUCCCAACUACAGCGUCUAUCCGAGUGGAGAUCACACCCUAGGCACGCUUAUGGGUGGAUAUUUUAUGGCAUACUGGCAAGGUGCAAUUUGGGACUCAAGCCUCAGGACAUCUACACUCAGCAGCCCUACUUACAAGGCACCCAAAAAACCGAACAACUGCCUGCAUUUCUACUACUACAUGGAUGCAGAUGGACGGAAAUUGUUUUUUGAAACUGCAAAUGCCUAUAUCCAAGCAUUCGCCACUACCUCCACUCCUCCAUCAAGAACAUGGAUUUUGACUAAAGCAAAGAACGCCACGAAUCUCCACAGGCAAUGGUUAUACGCAGAAGGCGAAGUAGAGCUGAAAUAUAACUUCAGAUUCGAUUUCGUCGCUGGAAUAGAAAGCAAACCGGCAGCAGCUUUUGCAGUUGAUGACAUAAAACUCGUUCCUGGAGAUUGUCCCGAAGCAGGCUUUUACCUCGUCUUAAGUACAGUGAACAAGGAACCUGGAUGGACUGCAAAUUUAGAGAGUGAUCUUUUCGAGCCGGCCAAAGAAACAACCUGUCUGAGCUUCUUUUACGCCAUGGCCGGAGAAGAUCCAGGCACACUAAAGGUGAUCAGGAAGGAGGAAAACAUCACGGAAUCAACCAUAUGGGUUCUGAAGGAUGAAGGAAGGAGCGGUUGGUUAAAAGGAGCGGUCCCUUUGACCCCUAGUAGCCUUUACAGCCAGGUGAUAUUCCGUGGCAUCGUUGGAACUGGGAAAUAUUCCUACAUGGCACUGGAUGACAUUCGAAUACGUUCAGGAGAAAAAUGCGACUUCACUCCAACCGAUGCAGAUCCAAGAUAUGAAGGUAAUUACAUCUUCGUCAGUUCGUACGAUGGGAACCAAUCCAACAGCGAAAAAGUGGCAAAAAUCCAGAGCCCCGUGGUGUCAUCUUUCUACCCUCAGCCAGCCUGCUUUUCGUUCUAUUACCACAUGUUCGGGGCACACGUGGGAGAGCUGAGAUUGUUCAUGGUACCCAUGCAGGACGCAAAUACUGCGCUAGGCAGAGAGAUAAUCUGGAGAAGGAGAGGAACACAACCCGACAAAUGGAUACUACUGCAGGACUCGCUCAACCUCACAGAAGGCGACUACAGGCUUGAAAUUGAAGCGGAAGGAGGAAGUGGAUUUGCCGGGGACAUUGCAAUCGAUCACAUAUUGAUGUCAAUUGGAGCGUGUCCUGAGAAAGAGCUGUGCGACUUUGAGAGUGGGACCUUGUGCGGCUGGACAGUUGAGCCGAGUGCGAAAGGAACGUUUUACUGGCAAGCUGGGGCUGACCUCAUUAAAGGACCCGAUUAUGACCACACCACCAAUUCAAAAUUAGGCUACUAUCUUCAAGCUUUCACACAAGCUUCAGCUACAGUCGGUGAAGAGACUAGUUUUGUGAGUCCCACAUAUGUAGGGAGCCGCUGGGGACCUCAUUGCCUCACCUUCUGGUACUACAGGCCGGGCCUGGGCGUCGGCAAGAUCAGUGUCACUACCAGAAGAAACGGAAAAGACACCAUUAUGUGGACAGCAAGCAGAGACGUUGGUCAACGCUGGCAUUAUGGACAAGUCAAUAUCAACAAAAAAAGUACUUUUCAGAUUGUCUUUUUGGCGGAAAAAGGCCGAAAUAACGACCACCAGAUGGCGAUAGAUGACAUCCUCAUACUCAACAGUCAGUGUGGCAAUCCCGCGCAGUGCACCUUCAACAAAGACUACUGCAGCUACUCCCUCAACGACACUUCGGACUUUGCAUGGCUUCUAGGAACAGGCCGGGUGGUCAAUUCGCAGCUCAUAGACAGGCCUCCGCAGGACAACAGCGUCGAAGGAGGAAUGUACGUGUACGCAGACAUGACGUCCCCAAGUCUCGCGGAAGGUCAAAAAGCAACUCUCGUCAGUGAAAUUCUCGAAUUUACAGCUCAACAAGUCACGUGUCUGAGUUUCUUUUAUUACAUACAAGGAACUGAUCCCACUUCUCUCGCUGUUGGAAAGAUGGUGUUGAACAACGUUGAACAAAACAUGAAGUACCAAUCCGUGGACCUCCAAUCGUUCAACAAGACGACAACCGAUUGGACUCAGUACACAAUGGAUGUACCAGUACCAACGGGGGAGUCGUACCAGGUAUUCUUCUCUGCGGUACGAGGAGCCAAACCGAGAGCUUUCAUUGCCGUGGAUGACAUAACCGUACGAGAGGGAACCUGUCCAAAGCCAACCACAGAACCACCGAUAUUGCCAACUGAAAUGCCAGGACGUUACGCGUACGUGCAAGGAGACGACGUUUCGGAGAAGAUGGCCAACAUCACUGGUCCCACCGCAGAAGAAGAUUGGGUAGGAAAGUUUUGCUUCAGCUUCUGGUACAUCAUGGAUGUCGAAGGUCCUAACAGACAGUCUUGA